CACACACACACACACACAGGCAGCACACACACAGUCGGCACACUCACAAGAAAAAAAAAGCAAGAAGUAGAAGCAAGCAAGCCAAGAAAACAGCAAGCAAGAAGCAAGAUGGGAGGAGGACAGCUGUGGCGACGCGUGCUGGCUGACCUGCACUCCGUCAUCACAACCACUGGACCCAUGUCAGUGGCUUCCUACAUGAAGCACGUCUUGACCCAUCCCCUACACGGCUACUACGUCAGGCAGAAGCCCUUGGACAAUGACCGCGGUGACUUUGUCACCAGUCCACAGCUCAGCCAGAUGUUUGGCGAGAUGGUCGGGGCAUGGACCGUGAAGGAAUGGCAGCUCUCUGGAAAGCCAACCUCCGUUAACUUUGUCGAGCUGGGCCCGGGCACGGGGCUGCUGAUGCACGAUAUCAUACAGAGCUUUACGUCCCUGACAAAGCAGGAGGCGAAUGUGGUCACUGACGUGCACCUGGUCGAAGCAAGCCCCGUCAUGAGCCAGCAGCAGUACGAGACACUGGGGUGCGGGCAGGCGCCAGACCUGAGCAACGUCGAUCUCACACGCAACGAGGAAUACUUGACGGGACGGGGCCACGCCGGCAUCAACUUCCACUGGUAUCGGCACUUGUGGGCCCUUCCAAAACUACCCGGCUUCACCUUCCUCUAUGCACACGAGUUCUUUGACACAAUGCCAACACACCAGUUCCAGCUGACGGAAGAUGGUUGGCGUGAGCGGAUGGUUGACGUGUGUGACGAAGCGCCACAUCAGCUGCGGUUCGUGCUGUCUCCAAAGGAAACUGUCCAGUCCAAGCUGUACGCGUCGCUGCCGCUCGUGCGCACGGCUCGGGUCGGCGAUGUCGGGGAGGUCUCGUUUGAGGCGAUGGAACAGGCAGAGCUCGUCGCACACACGCUCGCAACCAGCACCAUGGGCGGGCGCGCUCUCAUCUUUGACUACGGCGACACGACCAAGUUUGAUGACACGUUUCGGGCGUUCCGCGACCACCAGCAAGUCCACGUCUUCGAUCAACCCGGGAGUGCCGAUUUGACAACGGAUGUCAACUUUGACCACCUUCUCGUCGCAGCAGCGCGCAGCCACCAAGUUGUGAGCCACGGGCCCGUGACCCAGCGCCAGUUUCUACUGCGUUGCGGUCUUCAGCAGCGAGCGGACGCACUCCUCGCGUCGACCACCGAUGCCAAGGCGCGGGCGUCGAUUGAGAAGCACACGCGGAUGCUGACGGACCCUGACGAGAUGGGGGAGCGGUUCAAGGUGAUGGCAAUGACAGAUGCAAAUGCAGAUCACACUCCGGUGCUGUUUGACUGACGCACGCACGCACCCACACGCACCCACACACACCCACACACAAUGACGUAAUGACGUGGGUAUGUUUGUGUGUAUGUGAUGUUGAGUGUGGUUGCUGACGCGUUUAUGUUAGGAUUCAUUGCUGCGUGUGUACAGAGGAGCAAGAGCAAAGAAGUGUGGGAAUAAAGGUAACAGCGCAAGGGAGCGAGAGUGCAGAUAACCAUAAAUGCACGUGACUGCUG